GAGAGCGAGCACCAGUGAGAGAGAAAGAGAGAGAGGCUGAAAACUGCCACAGAACUGGAUCAGAUAGCAAAGAUAGAGAGAGAGAGCAAGCACGAAGAGAGAAGAAGUGGAAGCUAUCUUUUUAGUUUUAGAGACUUUUUUUUUUUUUUUUUGGCAGAUUUCUGCUCGCUGCGGCAAAACACGCAGACAUACAGGAUCAAAGAGGACGGAUCCCAGUGGUUGAGGAUACCAUGUGGUUUUCAUGCCAGGAAAUUAUCACCUAGUUCCCUCUUCUAAAGCAGAGGUUCUGGGGUGUCGAUUGCUUUUUGGAGUGUGACCUUUUCCCAUUUUUAAUUUCUAUUUUCUUUCAUAAAAAAAGAAAAAAGAAAACGGGUGAGAGUGAUUGUGAUUCAGAAGUUUUCUUACUGAGAAAAUUAAAUAUUGAUGGAGAUGAAGAAGCUCAAAGGGGUUUUGCAUCUCUGGCUCAAAUGGAUGGAAUGGUUUUACCCGUGAGAGUCUGAAAAGACCCAGCCGAACCUUAAGCGAGGAAAUGCUGCAGUUCGGCUAGCCGGAAGAAGAGAGAAAGAGGAUACUGCACCUACAGAGGGUGAACCAGGGGGAACUCGCAAGGGUGCAGGCCUGGCGCCCAUCACGGGGGCAUCAGUGCACCAGUGCCCCCGGAUACAGCUUUUACCACUGUUGCCACGGUGAAUGGUUUUGCUGGCACACAGUAAACAACUGCUUGACUUGCUGUCUCUCCAUUGCCCGAGAUCCUGGAAGGUAUGAGUGUGGGCAGGAUCAAGCGCUACAGCAUCGUGUCCUCGGAGGAAGAAGCCUUGCGUCUCACCACCAUGCCCGGGGUGAACGGCUUCGGAAACGGAAAGAUCCACACCCGCCGGAAGUGCCGCAACCGCUUCGUGAAGAAGAACGGCCAGUGCAACGUCCAGUUCGCCAACAUGGAUGACAAGUCACAGCGGUACAUGGCCGACAUCUUCACCACCUGUGUGGAUAUCCGCUGGCGGUACAUGCUCAUCAUCUUCUGCCUGGUCUUUGUGGUGUCCUGGCUGGCCUUCGGGCUGGCCUUCUGGGUCAUUGCGUUGGUCCACGGCGACCUGGACAACCCAGCUGGGGAUGAGAACUUCACGCCCUGCGUACUGCAGGUCAAUGGAUUCAUUGCUGCUUUCCUCUUCUCCAUCGAGACGCAGACCACCAUUGGUUACGGUUUCCGCUGCGUCACAGAGGAAUGUCCGGUGGCCGUUUUCCUGGUGGUCUUUCAGUCCAUUGUGGGGUGUAUAAUUGACUCUUUCAUGAUUGGCGCUAUAAUGGCAAAAAUGGCACGGCCCAAGAAAAGGGCCCAGACGCUGCUGUUUAGCCACAAUGCGGUAAUCGCCAUGAGGGAUGGCAAACUCUGCCUUAUGUGGCGGGUGGGGAACCUCAGAAAGAGCCAUAUUGUGGAGGCCCAUGUCAGGGCUCAGCUGAUCAAGCCUCGGAUCACAGAGGAAGGGGAGUACAUACCUCUAGACCAAAUAGACAUUAAUGUGGGCUUUGAUAAAGGCUUGGACCGAAUCUUCCUGGUUUCACCCAUCACGAUCCUCCAUGAGAUCGACGAGGAGAGCCCCCUGUUUGGCAUCAGCAAACAGGACCUUGAGACGGCUGAUUUUGAGAUAGUGGUUAUACUUGAAGGGAUGGUGGAGGCCACUGCCAUGACCACGCAGGCACGCAGCUCAUACCUGGCCACAGAGGUUCUGUGGGGCCACAGGUUUGAGCCUGUCCUCUUUGAGGAGAAGAACCAGUACAAAGUAGACUACUCUCACUUUCACAAAACCUACGAGGUGCCGUCGACUCCUCGGUGCAGUGCCAAGGACAUGGUGGAGAACAAGUUUCUGGUUCCCAGCACCAAUUCCUUCUGCUACGAGAACGAGCUUGCUUUCAUGAGCAGGGAUGAGGACGAGGAUGAGGACAGCGAAAGGGUCCUGGAUGACCUCAGCCCGGACGGCAACAGCCGACACGAAUUUGAGAGACUACAGGCUACCAUAGGACUGGAUCAACGGUCAUACCGGAGGGAAUCCGAGAUAUGACCCACCCUGCCCCCUGUCAUCAGCUUUUGAAUAUAUUAUUUUUUCUCUUUCUUUUCUUGAAUAAAUGCAGAACAAUGCAAGUGCCAUAGGAAUUCCUAACUACUGUCAUAGCAGUGAAAAGUCAAGAGACAACAGCUGGUGGAGAUAAAGGGGGGAAUCAUGAAUAAAGGCAGAGGCAAACACAUUUUGAAAA